UAAUUACUCACACAGAAACCUAAAACGAAGCAGAAGGAGAGAGAUCCAAGGCCAAUGGUGUGUAUAUGUUGAAUCACUAAGCUCGACUACUGAGUAGCAGAGCACAUUUAUUCACUUCGAAGAUGGAGGUGCCAUUGCCUCUGCAGAGGUCUCUCAGCUGCGGAAUUGCGUCGUCGCAGAGUACACACAUCAGGAUCAAGCCCUUCCUCGGAAUUUCGCCUAAUGGAACGGCACAAUCUUUUGGGCGGAGAGCUGGUCAUAUGGCAGCCAAGGUCACAUAUCAGAUUAAUGCGAGUGCGGACUUUUCAAGAAGGCGGCCAAGGAAAAGUUCCACGCCAAGCUCUAAGGAUUCUACACCAAGGGGUUUUGGGCCCAGAACACAGGUCCCUACGAGUACACAGAAAAAGGAUCGAAAGAACAGUGAAGCAAAGGAAGGUCCGGGUACUUCUUCACAAAAGGAGAUUGGGAGCUUGAGUGCUGACACUCCAGAUGUGAAGAUUAGGUCUGUUGAGGAAGAGACAACCAACAUUAGUCUAGUUCCAGAAGUAGAUGAGGACGGUGAUGGUGAAAGUAAUGGUGAACAUGAUGUUGUUGGUCUAGAGGUUCCAUCAGCGCGUGAAGCAUUUUCUGUCAGCAAAGUAAGUCAAUUCGAAGAGAGUGUCCAAAUUCCUGAUAUUAAUAAGCAUGUUAUUGAAUCCAAAGAUGAAGGAAUAUCCAACAGUGAGGAAAAAUUGGCAGCAACUGGAGGUGUUGAUGACAGUUAUACUUCUAUCAGUGAGCUUAAGAGAAAGGAAGAUGAAUUUCUAAAGCUAAAGUUGGAAAGUGAAGAGAGUCUUCGUAAAGAGACAAUAAACAAGCUUGCUGAUGCUAAUUUCAGAAAAGGAAACAAAUUGUUUUAUUACCCAGAACUGGUAAAACCUGAUCAACAUAUAGAGAUAUUUUUCAAUAGGAGUUUCUCCACUUUGAAAAAUGAACCAGAUGUUAUGAUCAUGGGAGCCUUCAAUGACUGGAAAUGGAAAUCAUUUGGGAUGAAUUUGAGCAAAAGCCAUCUCAAAGGUGAUUGGUGGUCUUGCCAGUUGUAUGUUCCCAAGGAAGCAUACAAAAUUGAUUUUGUGUUCUAUAAUGGGCAAGAUGUCUACGAAAACAAUGACGAACAAGAUUUCUGCAUAGUUGUGGAGGGUGGAAUGGAUGUAUUUGACUUCGAAAAUUUUUUGCUAGAAGAAAAAAUGCGCGAACAGGAGGAUUUAUUGAGACAAAAAGCUGAAAGGGAAAGACAAGAAGAAGAACAAAGAUAUAUAGAAGCAGAAAACGCGGCAAUUCAAGCUGAUCGAGCACAAGCCAAAGAGGAAGCUGCAAAGACAAGAGGGAUGAUGCAAGUGUUGAUGAAGAAGGCUCCCAUAUCAGUUGAUGAUGUCUGGUACAUAGAGCCUAAGCCUUGGGAUGUGGAAGGCAGUGGUAUGGUCAGGUUAUAUUACAACAGGAGCUCAGGUCCACUUUCUCAUGCUAAAGAGCUAUGGAUUCAUGGAGGGUAUAAUAAUUGGAAAGAUGGGCUGUCCAUUGUUUCAAAGCUCAUCAAAUCCGGGAAAGAUGGGGACUGGUGGUUUGCUGAUGUUGUUGUACCUGAUAGAGCCCUUGUCUUGGAUUGGGUUCUUGCUGAUGGUCCACCUCAUCAAGCAGUUGUUUACGACAACAAUAACAUGCAAGAUUUUCAUGCUAUUGUCCCUAAAUCCAUUGCCGAGGAACUAUAUUGGGCUGAGGAAGAGCAGAUACUUUUCCGAAGACUUCAGACUGAAAGGCGAUCCAGAGAAGAAGCAAUACGAGCUAAGGCUGAAAAAACUGCACGCCUGAAAGCAGAAACAAAGGAAAAAACUCUGAGAACAUAUUUGUUGUCUCAGAAGCAUAUAGUCUACACCGACCCCCUUGAUGUCCGGGCUGGAAGCACGGUGAAUUUGUUUUAUAAUCCCGCCAACACAGUUCUGAAUGGAAAAUCUGAAGUCUGGCUCAGAUGUUCAUUCAAUCGCUGGACGCAUCGCAUGGGCCCGUUGCCACCUCAAAAAAUGAUUCCUGCUGAAAAUAGUUCACAUCUUAAAGCAUCUGUCAAGGUUCCGUUGGAUGCAUAUAUGAUAGACUUUGUUUUCUCCGAAAGAGAAGAUGGUGGGAUUUUUGACAACAAGAAUGGUAUGGACUAUCACAUACCUGUACUUGGAGGAGUUGUGAAAGAGCCCCCAAUGCACAUUGUACAUAUAUCUGUUGAAAUGGCACCGAUUGCAAAGGUAGGGGGUCUUGGUGACGUUGUAACAAGUCUUUCACGAGCGGUCCAGGAUAUGAACCACAAUGUGGAAAUCAUUCUCCCAAAGUAUGACUGUCUGAAUCUCAGCCAUGUGAAGGAUUUGCAGUUCCAUAAAAGCUAUUAUUGGGGUGGCACUGAAAUUAAAGUUUGGUUCGGGAAGGUAGAAGGCAUUUCUGUUUACUUUUUGGAACCUCAGAAUGGAUUAUUUUGGGUUGGCUGCAUCUAUGGACGUGGUAAUGAUGGGGAUAGAUUUGGAUUCUUUUGCAAUGCAGCUCUAGAGUUUCUUCUGCAAAGUGGAUCCCAUCCAGAUAUAAUUCAUUGUCACGAUUGGUCUAGUGCCCCAGUUGCAUGGUUGUUCAAAGAACAGUACAUGCAUUAUGGCCUCAGUAAAGCUCGCAUUGUUUUUACCAUACACAACCUUGAAUUUGGAGCUGAAUUGAUUGGGAAAGCCAUGGCUUUCGCAGACAAGGCUACAACUGUAUCACCAACUUAUUCCCGGGAAGUUUCUGGGAAUCCUGUAAUUGCUCCUUAUCUCUACAAGUUUCAUGGUAUCCUAAAUGGAAUUGACCCAGACAUAUGGGAUCCAUAUAAUGAUAAGUUCCUUCCUGUAUCUUAUACUUCAGAAAAUGUUGUCGAAGGCAAACAAGCUGCCAAAGAAGCUUUGCAGGAAAGACUUGGGCUGAAAAAGGCUGAUCUGCCCAUGGUAGGAAUCAUUACUCGACUGACUCACCAGAAAGGGAUCCACCUCAUCAAACAUGCAAUCUGGCGGACCCUGGAACGCAAUGGACAAGUGGUCCUGCUGGGUUCAGCUCCUGAUCCUAGGAUUCAGAAUGAUUUUGUUAAUUUGGCAAAUCAACUGCAUUCUUCACAUACGGAUCGUGCACGUCUAUGUCUGACAUAUGAUGAGCCUCUCUCACACUUGAUAUAUGCUGGUUCUGAUUUUAUUCUUGUCCCUUCUAUUUUUGAACCUUGUGGACUAACUCAACUCACAGCCAUGAGAUACGGCUCAGUCCCUGUUGUGCGCAAAACUGGAGGACUCUAUGAUACUGUUUAUGAUGUUGACCAUGAUGAAGAUAGGGCACAAGAACAAGGCCUUCAACCAAAUGGAUUUAAUUUUGAUGGAGCAGAUGCAGGAGGUGUUGAUUAUGCUCUGAAUAGAGCAAUAUCUGCGUGGUACGACAAGAGGGAGUGGUUCUAUGCAUUGUGCAAGUGUGUUAUGGAGCAAGAUUGGUCCUGGAACCGGCCUGCUCUUGAUUACUUGGAGCUCUACAAUGCUGCACGCAAGUGAGAAAAGAUCAAGACAACGGUCUGUACAGGUUCAGUCGCUAGUUCCAUAUAUGUUUAUUAUUCUGGAGCAAAAUAUGACGCAAUCGUAAAAACAAUACCGUUUCCAAUAAUUUCACACCUUGUAUCCAUCAUGUUGACAAUAAUGAAAUCCCCUGAAGUUUUCCAAGUGACAAUAUGGUUCCUCCUAUUGGUACAGACUCCAGUUUUUCAGCAAUACUGGUAAAGCCCACUUGCCAACCCCACUUGUCUUGCAAUUUGUGAGAAAUGCAACUAUUCUUGAGGUUGGCUUAGCAGCAUUAGUCAAUGGGGGCCUAAACACCACAUAAAUUGCUUUGGUAUAGGAAGUUAUCCAACCUGGAAACAAACUUUGGAGUUGAAAAUGAUAGUUUAGUGACUAAAAAAGCAUAUUUAGUGGAACCAAAUACCCAGUGUCUAUUCCUCACCAAAUUUAUCUAUCUCGUUUUGGUCGAUUUGGGGUGAUCUGAUUGCAUGACUUGGACACCACUUUGUAUAAUAUGCUCAUCUAUGUACCAAUCACUGCCAGAUUAUUGAGGUACUUAAAAUCUUUUCACAUUUUAGCUGACAUUAUGGAAGUUGGACGUAUAUUGUUUA